CAUGGAGCACGUGGCGGGCUAUGCCCUGUGCCUGGACAUGACCGCCCGCGACACCCAGGAGCAGUGCAAGCAGAAGGGGCUGCCCUGGACCUUGGCCAAAGGCUUCGGCUCCUCCUGCCCCGUCAGUGACUUCGUGCCCAAGGAGAAGAUCCCAGACCCGCACAAGCUGCAGAUCUGGCUGAAGGUGAACGGGAAGCUGAGGCAGGAGGGGGACACCUCGUCCAUGAUCUUCUCCAUCCCUUACCUGAUCAGCUACAUCAGCCACAUAUUCACCUUGGAAGAAGGGGACUUGAUUCUCACGGGGUCUCCCAAAGGAGUGGGGGCCGUGGAGGCCAACGAUGAGAUCGAGGCGGGGAUCAGGGACGUGCUGUCCAUGAGGUUCAAGGUGGUGCAGGGCACGGAACCCCGGGGCCCAAAAGGUGUUUGAGUGCCCCUGCCCCACCUCCAUGGAGGCUUCAGCACACCUGGAGUGCGGCCCAGCCUGGAGCAGGUGGAGCCCAGAAGCUCCAGAUUCCAACAUUUGAUUCCAAAACCGUACCUGGGAACUGGAGGCUGAGACAUUGGAGAGGGCAAUGGGCCUGGCUGUCCUUCUGCAUGUGCUUCUGCUGAUGCUUUGAGUAUUGCCUUAAAAUAAAAAUUACUGAUCCAAACAAUCCAAAUGAUGAUGUAGGAGCUAAGGCUCAGCCAUGCUGUGGAAAAUCAAAGGUUUAUGUGAAGAUGUUCAGCCCUAAAUCAAGAGUUGCAGCUUUGCAAAGAGUUUCCUCUACAAGAGAAAGAUGUUUGAUUUUUUUGGGUUAGUUUUGAUCCUCCCUGCUUUUUUCAAACAUACAAAUUAAAGAAGGAUGGCUUUUCCUCCCACUCCAGGGGGCGAAGGCAACAGGAAGUGUGCCAGAUGUUUGGCAGAUUGGUUUUUUCCUAAACUGAGAUUUAAAAAUGUUCUAAAAGUGAAAUAAUGUAAAAAGAUCAAGAAUAAAGAAGCAUAUGGAUAAAGAUCA